GUCCGUGAGAGAGAGAGAGAAAUGAGUUCCAUUUCCGAAGCUAUUAAACCCCAUGUUGUUUGCGUUCCAUACCCGCUUCAGGGUCACAUAAACCCAAUGCUCAAGCUAGCCAAAAUCCUCCACCAUAAAGGCUUUCAUGUUACUUUUGUCAACACCCAUUACAACCAUAGACGUUUAAUCAAGUCUCAAGGCCCCGACUCUCUCGACGGCUUGUCCGACUUCCGCUUUGAAACCAUCUCCGACGGCCUCCCGCCUUCGGACCCCGAUGUCAGCCAAGACAUCCCCGCUCUUUGCGAUUCCACCUCAAAGACAUGCCUCAUCCCACUCCGCAACCUCCUCUACAAACUCAACGACGCUUCCUCUUCCAACGCGCCGCCUGUGACGUGUAUCAUCUCCGAUGGUUCCAUGACAUUCACUCUUGAAGCUGCCGAAGAAUUUGGAAUUCCAAAUGUUCUUUUCUGGACGCCUAGCGCCUGCGGCUCCUUGGCCUAUUUGCAUUGCCGCCAUCUUGUUGAACGAGGUUUAACUCCCCUCAAAGAUGCAAGCUAUCUAACAAAUAUUGGGUAUUUAGAAACCGCAAUCGAUUGGAUUCCCGGGAUGAAAAACAUCCGUCUGAAGGAUUUUCCAAAUUUCAUUAGAACUACAGAUGAGAACGACGCCAUGCUCCACUUCAGCUUGCGUGAAGCGGAGAGGGCUUCAAGAGCUUCAGCUGUCAUUUUCAACACGUUCGACCCAUUUGAACAUGAUGCUUUGGGUGGUCUCUUGUCUUUGCAGCUUCCUCGCAUCUACACCGUCGGUCCACUUCCAUUGCUGGCUGACCAGAUCAAAGAUCAGCGGCUAAAAUCAAUAGCCUCCAAUUUAUGGAAAGAAGAGCCAGGGUGUGUGGAUUGGCUGAAUUCAAAACAACCCAACUCCGUAGUGUAUGUGAAUUUCGGCAGCAUAACUGUCAUGACGCCGCAACAACUCAUUGAGUUUGCUUGGGGACUCGCCGACACCAAGAAACCCUUCUUGUGGAUUAUAAGGCCUAAUCUUGUUGCCGGCGAUUUGGCAGUUCUUCCUACUGAGUUUCUUACAAAAACGAAAGAUAGAGGCAUGUUGGCAAGUUGGUGUCCUCAAGAAGAAAUCCUCAAGCACCCCUCGAUUGGAGGCUUUUUGACGCAUAGUGGGUGGAAUUCAACGCUCGAAAGCGUGUGUGGUGGAGUGCCAAUCAUCUCCUGGCCCUUCUUUGCUGACCAACAAAUAAACUGCCUGUAUUCUUGCACCGAAUGGGGCAUUGGGAUGGAGAUAGAUAAUGAUGUUAAGAGAGAUGAUGUUGAGAAGCUUGUGAGGGAGUUGAUGGAGGGUGAUAAAGGUAAAGAAAUGAAGAGGAAGGUAAUGGAGUGGAAGAUGAAGGCAGAAGAGGCUGCCAAGCCUGGUGGUUCUUCUUACCAGAACUUGGACAAGUUGAUUGCUGAUGUUCUCCUAGCUGGAAAUGUUUAA